CGGCAAACAACCACUGUAUGAGUGCAAGAUUUGUCAUAAGCUGUUCCACCAGAAAUCAAAUUUCACUUCACACCUUAAACAUGUGCAUCAGUCAUCAUUUUCGCCCUCUUUCAACUGUUAACCACUUUCAGAAGAAAGAUGAUCGGAAACGUGCGAAGUCAUUUUUCAAACCUGCAGAAUACCGCCGCAAUAGCGCGGUUUUAAACGGAUUAUGUCCCUUUUGCCCAACGAAGCUGAAGGAAAUCAAUUGUUUAGACGAGCAUGUUCUAGAUUUCCAUAAGCCUUUAUUGUUAGCAUGUGAUAGAUCAAAUAAAACUGACAGAAAUUGUCCGACAAAUCAAUGAUUCAUAUAAUAAAUGUUAUAUUCUGUCUUUA